AGAGAACUACAUUUCCCAGGCCGCCUCAUGCCGAGACGGGCGAGGAGAAAGGGUCCAGCUCUGGGCCUGGACAGAGCUGAGGAAGGAUGUGCCCGGCGGCGGUGGGAGUAGGCCUGGCUGAGUCCGGGCUUCGCCUCCGUCGGGGCCGCUGCAGAGCGAAGGCUCCCGGAGCUGCAGUGUCCGGGCCAGAGCUGGCCGUCGGGGAUGGCGGCUUCUGCUCUAAGCAGCCUUUGCAACCGAGACCAAAGCUCCCGGGGCAGGCUGUGGGGUGGGUCCUACUGGCUGCGAUCACCAUGCUGGCCUUCGCCACUCGCUUCCACCGGUUGCACGAGCCGGCUCACGUCUGUUGGGAUGAAACUCACUUUGGAAAAAUGGGAAGUUACUAUAUCAAUCGAACCUUUUUCUUUGAUGUUCAUCCACCUCUGGGGAAGAUGCUUAUAGGACUUGCUGGUUACCUGAGUGGCUAUGAUGGCACCUUCCCUUUCCAGAAGCCUGGGGACAAAUAUGAACAUCACAGUUAUAUUGGGAUGAGAGGGUUUUGUGCUUUUCUGGGCUCCUGGUUGAUCCCUUUUGCCUACCUCACUGUGCUGGAGCUGUCUGGGUCCCGGCCAGCAGCUUUCCUGACCGCUGCCCUCCUCACCUUUGACACUGGCUGCCUUACUUUGUCACAGUACAUACUUCUGGAUCCCAUCCUUAUGUUCUUCAUCAUGGCUGCAAUGCUGAGCAUGGUCAAGCAUAACUCCUGUGCAGAUAGGCCCUUCUCUGCCUCUUGGUGGUUCUGGCUGAGUCUGACAGGAGUCAGUCUUGCUGGUGCUUUAGGGGUCAAGUUUGUUGGCCUCUUUAUCAUCCUUCAUGUGGGAUUGAAUACAGUGUCAGACCUUUGGCAGCUGCUGGGAGACCUUAAUCUAACAAUGGUAACAUUGGGAAAACACUUGGCAGCUCGGAUCUUGUGUCUCAUUGUGUUUCCUCUUAUUCUCUAUACUACCCUAUUUGCAGUUCACUUCAUCAUAUUGAAUAGAAGCGGCCCUGGUGAUGGCUUUUUCAGUUCUGCCUUCCAGUCUCGGCUUUUGGGGAACAACCUUCACAAUGCUUCCAUUCCAGAACACUUGGCAUAUGGAUCCGUGAUUACAGUGAAGAAUCUCCGAAUGGCCAGUGGGUACCUUCAUUCACAUUGGCACCUUUAUCCAGAAGGAGUUGGUGCACGCCAGCAGCAGGUAACUGCCUAUCAGCACAAGGACUAUAACAACUUGUGGAUUGUGAAGAAACGUGAUGCCAACAUAGAUCCUCUAGACUCUUCUUUCCCCGUGGAGUUUGUGAGACAUGGAGACAUCAUUCGGCUGGAACACAAAGAGACUUCUCGAAACCUACACAGUCAUCAGCACGAGGCUCCAAUGACCCGGAAGCACUACCAGGUCACUGGCUAUGGCAUAAACGGGACAGGGGAUUCAAAUGAUUUCUGGCGGAUCGAGGUGAUGAAUAGGAAAUCCGAGAACCGGAUUAAGGUCCUGAGGAGUCAAAUUCGACUCAUCCAUCUGGCCACAGGCUGUGUCCUGGGCUCCUCAGGAAAGACACUGCCCAAAUGGGGCUGGGAGCAGCUGGAAGUGACUUGCACUCCAUAUCUGAAGGAGACCCCUAAUUCCGUCUGGAACGUGGAGGACCAUAUCAAUCCGAAACUGCCAAACAUCAGCUUGGAUGUACUGAAGCCCAGUUUUGCGGAGAUCCUUCUGGAGUCCCACUUGGUGAUGAUCCGGGGGAAUAGUGGUCUCAAACCCAAGGAAAACGAAGUCACUUCCAAGCCUUGGCAUUGGCCCAUCAACUAUCAGGGCCUACGUUUCUCAGGAGUCAAUGAGACUGACUUUCGGGUCUAUUUGCUUGGAAACCCAGUCAUCUGGUGGCUGAAUCUAGUGAGCAUUGGCCUUUACCUUCUCCUGGGAAGCAUCACUACUGUGUCAAUACAGAGGGGGAUUCAGCUCACAGCAGAAGUGAAAGGUCUCUGCCAGGUCCUGCUGCGUGGAGGAGGUCAGGUCCUGCUGGGCUGGCUGCUCCAUUAUUUUCCUUUCUUCAUGAUGAGCCGGGUGCUCUACUUCCAUCACUACUUUCCAGCCAUGCUUUUCUCCAGCAUGUUGACAGGGAUCCUAUGGGACACAGUACUCAGGUUCUGUGCCUGCUAUCUGUCAUCUUCUCCUCUGGCUAACUGGGUGCAUAUAUUCGGGACCUCUCUUCUGAUCCUGGGAAUUGCCUAUAGCUUCUACCUCUUCCAUCCUCUGUCUUAUGGAAUGGUUGGUCCCCUGGCUCAGGACCCUCACAGUCCAAUGGCAGGACUAAAGUGGUUGGAAACGUGGGAGUUUUAGAACCAGAGAAUGGCAGCCCCGGAGGAUCCAGGGACGGCGUGCAGGGACGGCCGACUGGAACCAGUUUUUUAGUUCUUAAGGGAAAGAAGCUACCUCAGGAGAUCCUGAGAAGACUCUUACACGUACAAGGCCAUGAGCCCUUGGAAUAAUUUCAGCCCAAGCAAGGCCUUAUGGGCCCGAGGCUCCAUCUUCACCCCCCAGUAGCUUUUGCCAUGAGCAGUUUUUUUUUUUUGGUUGGGGAUAUUUAAACAAUGUAUUAGGACUCCUCUUGCUUUGCCCUGUUUGCCUGGGAUUUGUACUAUAUGUGAACAUACAAGGGAACAAAGGAUGAGGGCAAAAGAAGAGGAAGGGUGGGUGCUUGUACUCGCCUGUGUGUGUGUAUAGACCUAUUUUCAAGGGAGCACGUGUGAUGCAUUUCUCUUUCCACCUAUGAAACGCGACCCAGGUGACUGGACAAGUGAAUGUUGUAAAUACUUAGGAAGAAAAAUACUUCAGAGUUAGUUGCCUGUUCUUGUUUUUUUUUUCCACACUGGAUUUUUUUUGUUUUGUUUUGUUUUGUUUUGCUUUGCUUUCUGCUGGAGGAUGAGCUGACUAUGGCUGUGGUCCAUUACUGGGACCGAGGCAAUUCUUCGAAAGGUCACUGACCAGACAAAGAAUCUCCAUGGUUUAACACCUCUGCUCCAACUUUGGGCAUGACCCAGACAGAAGAGAUGGGAGUUGUCUAAGUUGGGUUAUCCUCUUUUCCACAAACCACACAAUCACCAGAAGACAAGGGGACCUAGAUUACAUCCUCCUAGUGGCGCUCCUAUCAGUUCUGGCUGUGAUUGCACGGCCAUUUGGAAAGUCUUUUCAGUGGCAGCUGCGUCCUUGAUUUCUUGCCCGAGACUGACAUGAACUCAGUGGGCCCAGGGAAUGAGGGGGCCUGUGUGCUUGCCGUCUGCCAUUUUAGCCCCUGAUCUCUGGCCCUUUGAGACUACCAAGCAUGGCCAGAUUGAUGAGAGAUACAAAAUCCCAUCCUUGGCCGCACUCCACCUUAAGGCCCCUUUGGCCUAAGGCCACUUCCAUCUGCCCGUCCUCUCCCCACUGCAGAAAGUCUGGCAAAUGGAAGGCAAGGAUAGGAGUCGUACUCUUCUUAAGAUGAAGAGGAAGACCUCUUCAUCAGCCUCCUUCUUGUUAACUGUAGUAGACAUGGGAAGUGGGAGAGAGAGCUUUAUUUGAAAAUUGAAGCAGAGGAACACGUUGGACGUGCUCCAGCCAAGGACGUGGGGAAUCAGUGGAGUUCUGGGUCCACGUUUCCAUCACCUGCUGAUUUCUCCUUGCCUUGGCAUCUUCACACUGUUUUUCACACAGCUUCCAUCCAACCUGGAUACCUCCUUCUUUCUGUCAUCGUUUCGUCCAACUUUUCCUUUCCCCCAAAGAGCAAAGAGCACUUCUGUCCGUCACAAUCCAGAAGACAGAUUUCCCCUAGAGACCUGUUACAGUUUUCUUUGUCACUAUCUUGACAAUCCAAAGCAAGAAAUCUUGAUCCAUUCCUCUCCUCCCUUUGUCCCCUACCCCCACCCAUGCUCCCAUUUUUCCCCAGUAAAAAGGAACAAAACAACCCUUGGGCUAGUCCCCAGUACCUCUGUCUAUUAGGUUCUGCUCUUCCCAUGCAUUACUCAAUAGGCCUCCCUUCAAUCUCGGGCACAGUUUAAUGCCCCCAUGUUUAAACAUGAGCCUCUGCCACACUCCAUCGCUGCCUCCCCUCCUCUCCCCAGGCAACUCCACUGACUGAUGGGGUCAUGGGCUCUUUGGAACAUCAUUGGGAGGUGGUUGCUAUGGAGAUAGGGAAUAAGUCCUAGGGACUGGCUGUACUGCCUGGGGGACGGAGGGGGGCGAGGUUGUGGGCCGUGCAGGGGCCUCUUGGUGGUUCAGACCGACUGUCAUUAAUGCUAAUAGAGGAAAUGUAGCAAUGUCAAAAUCGAGGCAGGUUGGCUAAUUAGAUCUGGGGUCUGAUAACCUCUCCCUCUGAGUGGCUUCGGCUCUCCAUACUUCCCCCAGCAGGAAGCGCUGCAUGUGUGCCCUGAGCCUGGGUGGCUUAGUUAAUUGCAUUUGUGGAAGGGAAGGAGAAUGGAGAUAGAGAAACUCAGCAUACCACCACCUCAGGACAGUCUGAUUUCUUGUGAGCCAAGUAAUGGUACUCACUGUGCCUCUUAUUUGGAGGCAGGGAGCAGUCUGUGGGGAGUCAUCUAGCCCUUGGGUUCGAGGAAAAGGAUGUCACCUGCUAUAGGGUCCGCUAAGAGGGCAUUCGCCGUCCUUAGUUAAAGGGACUAUACCGUACACAGCCCUGUACUCUAGAAAGACUUGGGGGAAUAGGGUCUUGUUUGAUAUGGAGCAAUCAUUUUCAACUUGAAAAUAAAUGAACAGACUAAAAGUCUGAGUCAGUAUGCUUUUCUUCUCUUUUCUGCUCCUAGUUUUCCAUGGAUUUCAGUGAGCUUUGAGCUGCUGAUAGGACUUAGGUCUAUUUGGAAGUGAUAGUUGCAUCUGAUUCGAAAGCAGAACACCCUUCCUCCCAACCUCCCCCUCCUCUCAUCUUUUCCAAGUGAGUAUAAUAAGGCACUGGCCCAAGAUAAGUUUCUCAAUAUUUGACAUUGAUAAACCCAGCAGGGACAUUGAUAAACCCAGUGUCCAGAUAGGUUUUUUUUUUUAAUCAUUUUAUUUUAGUGGGGCAAUGAGCGUUAAGUGACUUGGCCAGGGUCACACAGCUAGUGUCAAGUGUCUGAGGUCGGAUUUGAACUCAGGUCCUCCUGACUCUAGGGCCGGUGCUUUAUCUACUGCGCCACUGAGUUGCCCCCACAUAUGUUUUACAUUCACACCAUAGACACAGGGAUUCCAUAUUUGAGGCUUUACUCUGAGGCCCAGGCUUGAGUUCCAAGGUUUCUGUUUCCUUCCUUGAUUUUUCAGGCAGAAUGUUUUGUUCCCAGGAGUGUUCUGAGUAUGAAAGGUGUAAGUAUAAUUACUUGGGACCCAUAUCUGUGAGUGAUUGUGGAGAGCAUGGCUUCCCUAUCCCUCUCUUCCUGAUUUUUGCUGCUGAGAAGGAAAUGUAUCUCUGCCAUAAACCCUGCUUUCCAAAGGCAGGAAUUACAGAGCUUCCUACACAUCUUCCUCAUCUUCUGAGUCCCUGUGAGAAGACAUGCUGGUGUAGCCUUGAGGACUGGUCUUGCUACUUGGGUUGGAGAUAAAAAUGUCUGUCUCUCUAUAAAUGGAUUUGGAACAUUUUAGAUAAUUUUUUUUUUUUUUGGUGAGGCAAUUGGGGUUAAGUGACUUGCCCAGGGUCACACAGCUAGUAAGUUGUCAAGUGUCUGAGACCGGAUUUGAACUCAAGUCCUGACUCCAAGACCAGCACUCUAUACACUGUGCCACAUAGCUGCCCCCUUUAGCUAAUUUUUAAAAGAGAAUAUCAACAAAACUCUAUUUCCCUAAAAUUUGAGGGUAAUGAGAGGGAGAGGGCUCCCUUUCAGUCAAACUCUGAGUGUCUCCUUCGGUCUGACACCAUGCUUUGUAAAAGGGCUUCUAAGAAAGCACCAGAGUCUAAUUUGGCCAUUUAAUUUUGUAAUAAACAGCUAUUGUUUUGAAUA